AUGAUAAAACGCGUAUUAUUCAUCUAUUUAUUUUUCAGUAGUUUUAGACAUUUGGACGCUGUAAAUCAUUGGAUAGUCACGCAAAGCGGUAAAAUACAGGCAUUUUUGGAAUCUCCAUUUGAUCUUCGCAAACCCGACGACCUCUUGGCCCUGCUGGACCAAGAAAGUCGCAAAAACAGCAUAAAUGACCUCUACGAAGAUCUUGUCUCUAGAAAAAACACUAUUGAAAAAAAAUGGAUCGACAUUGAAAAAAACUCUAAUGUAGGCUCGCGCGUAACUACCGAAGAUGUAGACUGUGUGGCUGCCGAUAAAUUAUUCUCGGAUUUAGAUUUGUAUAAUAACAUAGCUAUCAAUGGCACUGAACGAGGUAUUAGCAUUCCAGUACCAAAAAAAAUUAAUAUGGAUAAGUUUAAAGACACCGAAGAGCUUAAAGUACCUGUAUGUAUGCAACUAACAUCAGCCAAAUGGUCAGAAUCAUUUGUAAAUAAAACAAAUUUGAUUCUUAAACCAGAAGAAGCUCUAAAAAAAAACAUUUUUACCAAUGAAAUCCUUGGAACAUUUUGGUUAUUUCAUUGUCAAAUCUUUAAAAGAAAAUUCUACUUCCUGGGUACAUUAUAACUUAGCCUCAUUUUAUUGGAGAAUUAAAGGAGAAGGAGACAAAGCUAUAGAUUGCCUAAAGUUAGCUAUACAGUUUGUAACUGGUAAUUUCCAAGACAUUCCACUACAUAACUUAGCAGGAAUACUGCAUCAAUCACACCAUUCCAAAGAAGCCAUACAAAUACUAAACAGUGCUAUAAAAUUUGCUCCCGAAGAACCAAAGCAUUAUUUUGCAAUGGGCAACAUUUAUGCUGCAAUGAGGGACUUUAACAAUUCCAUUACAAACUAUGAAAAGUUUUUGGAAUUUGAACCACACAAUCGAGACGCUGCAAGUAAUAGGCACGCAGUUUUGUGUUAUCACAAAUUAGAAAUUGCACUCACAACAUUCCAAAAUGAUCUCCAAAAUAUUUUGUCAGAGUUGCACGAUUAUCACAGCAUUCAGCAACAAUGGCUUAGAUUGCAAGAACGUCUGAUGUGGGAAACUGCAUCAUUCGAUUAUCAAUAUGACCCUCUAAGUCCAGAUAUUUUGGAUUCGCCCAAAAAAGUACAAAGAUGUAUUAAAAAGACAAGUGGAGGCAAACCAGUGAUAUCCUGUGAUUUUUAUGAAAAAGCUUCAGAAGUAGAUAAACUUAACUUACACAGUCUAUUCCAAAUAGUCGAGAGUGAAAAACAAAAAUUAAGCGUAGCUCAUCUGUUUGAAGACUUUAAUUUCAAUAGGGCCAAGCUUAAAGAUGAACCCACUAAAAUUGGAUACCCGAAAUUUCCUACUAGCAUGUCUACAAAGGACAAUCAGUAUUUCGAUGUUACAGGAUGGCCUAAAAAGGAAGAAUGUUUAGAAUGGAAACUUCCAUUGGACGAUAGAGAUGAUUUAGACUUGCCAGUUUUUCUUCCUCCUGAAAAUAAAGGAUAUUUACUAAAAAAAUCUAUCACUGAGGAUCUGAAGUUAGCAGACGGUUCCCAACAUGAUUUACCAUGGUACCCACCCGUUUGCGAAGGGGAUAAUGUUAAUGGAGAAAAAUUUAUUCCCAUUACUGAAAAAUAUUUGUUAGAUACUGAGCUUAAGGCUACUACGCAUUUAAAAAAAGAAUUUUUGAGGUAUGUCAAUGAGGGAAACGCAGAUGAACACGAAAUUGGACAGAGGAUUGUUAGUGCUAUGGAAAAAAAAACUGCCCCCAAGUGGGUUUUGGCAACACUAGCAAGCCUAUACUGGCGUGUCAGAGGAAAUGUUCGAAAAACCCUAGACUGUCUGGAUAUGGCUUUCCAAAGCGCCCCAAAAGAUGACACUGACGUCGUUCUUGUAUCAUUAGGCUCAACAAGUUAUCUGUUAGGCUUAAAAGAACAAGCUUUAAAAUUUGCCACUCUAGCUUUCAAAAUAAACUACGUUGAACCAAGUACAAAUUUCCUUUUGGCCCUUUUGCAUUAUGAAAACAACAACCCUUUGUUGGCAAUUUAUUAUUUGAAAAACACCAUGCGAGUAGAUCCCAAGUUUUACGACGGCCUAGCAGAAAAACUUCUAAAAAUAUGGUCAUGCAGGAUCAAGUUAGGAGCAGGGCCAAGAUUUAUAAAACCUACAAUAGAAUCAAAAUUACAUUGUCCCCAAUCAGCCUCAUUCAAAGGCGAAGCCAUAGUUUGUGACGAAGACCGCACAAAUUGCAAAAAAGAAAAUAUGCAAUGCUUCAAAACGCAAAAACAAAUUGUCAUCGACUCGACAGGGGUGCGCACAUCUGAGAGCUACGAGCAAUGCAAGGACGAGGCUGUCCAAAGUUUGGGACAACAAAUAAUGGCUUCUCUAGUGGCCGCAGAGACCACUGACGAUGAAUAUUUUAUUAAGGGACGGGAACGUCUUAGAGAUGCUAAAGAUGGAUUUUAUUAUCCGCACAUUCAUCAUCAUGUCCAUAUGGGACUAUCUCUGGGAGCUGAACAUUUUCUGAAGGAGUAUAAUAAAGUUGGAGAUUUUUAUGUUUCGCUGGAUAUUAACGAGAGCCCAGAUCAAGAGCAGAGGCUCCACAUUUAUGACAAAUAUGGGACCUAUACUUUGUCAAAUAGUGUUUGUGAAUAUGGAAACCCAAUGGUUCCUUUCAAGUAUUCAGAAUUGUGGGAUUUCAUAGAAGAAAACAUGAUCGAUGUCAGUUCCUACAUCAAACACACUAAGACAAAAACCUCUAAGGAAUCUCCCAAACCGAAUUGUAUGCAAGUAUUAAAUCCGCACAUGCCGUAUGGUUUAAAUGAACUCACUCUUAAAGUUCUGGCUUUGAAAUUGCCCAAUUCCUACGACAAAGAUUUGACUGAGCUGUUGCAGUUGGUUUGUGGCAAUCGAAAGUUGAACACGCGCGAACUUGGAGCUAAAAUUGCCAAGGCUUUGGCACUGGAUGAAACUAAUUGGCAACUUUUGAUGGCCUCUGCAAUAUAUUGGAUAGUUUAUGGCAACACUGAACAGGCUGCUGUAUGUAUCAGAGGGGCCAUAACUAAAGUUUCUCCAGCUGAAUUAGACAUUCCUUUAAUGUUUUUAAGUCAUUUAUUGGGAAAUGUUGGUUUGCCAGAAGAAGCUAUUAAACUUGCCCAUUUGGCUCUGAGUCAAAAUCCUACAAAUUUGUGGAACCAUUUUAAAGUAGCAGAGAAUUAUAUCAAGUUGGGUAAAUUUGAAGAAGCAGUACCUUACCUAAGGGCUAGUUUACUGAUAGAUGACAAAUUUGACCCGGCUAGAACAAGACUGAAGGAGGUACUGUGCAAGUUGUUGUUCGAGGACGGUUACAAUCAGGGCCGAGUCGCUGCUAAAAUUGUUGACAAUUGA